AUGGCCAGCUCACACUUCCCAUUUCGCUACAUCCCAGUAUCAAAAUUCCACCUUCCUUUCAAAUUUCUCACCCUUAAGCCACCAACCCAUCUCACCAUAGAAGCCAAAAGCAUCGUCAGCAUGUCCCCAUCCGGUAACACUGCCGAUGCGCUCGUCGACUACGAUCGCCUCAGCAUUGCCCAAAUCAUCCGUCUCAUUGCCGAACGAAGCAUCGAGCCCUCAUUUAGAAAUGCUCUCGUCAUCCUCCUCCGCAGCGACGACCAGAAACGCGCUCAGGUAGCUGCCAAUGACACUUCCGUCUCCACCGCUCCUGACGCAGCUUCCAACGAAACCUCCAUCUCCACCGCUCCCGAGACACCUGGCCCAGCCUCUGAGGAACCAGCCACUGAAGCACCAAUUCCAGGAGCCAAGACCGAGCUAUAUAUCGCUACCAAGCUUAGUGAGGGUAAAGGAUACGAUGACUUGUAUCGCAUGGAAGGAAAUUUAUGUUUCGAGGGAGUUUUGAUGCUGGAGGGAAUGAGGUUGUCUUUACCAUUGAACAAUAGCGCGAAUGGUGGAUCCGGGGAAACUACCAGGUGGCGACCCGAUAAAGUGCCUAGUCGAACACCAAGCAUGAGUAGUUCGCACACUUCUAGUUCCUCGAGUUACGGUCCAUUUAAACCUUCGACUGGUAGCCUCGAAGAAUCUUUAUACAUACAAUCCCCCUCACCCUCACCCUCACCCUCACCCUCGAAACGAACAUCAAGUCCCGAACAUUGGCUAGAAAUACAAUCAGUCCCCAUACGAACAUCAAGUCCUGACCGUUGGUUGGAAAUACAAGCAGUUCGCAUACGAACCCCCACUCCCAAACCAUCCUUCAAUAUGCGCUCAGAUUCGUAUAUAGGGGUCGAUCCUUCGACGUCCCAAUCAGUAGCUGUCGGUAAUGAUGAUGAAGAUUCGGAAAUCUGCGAUCUCAUUCAAGGAAUUCGCAAGAUGAGUAUAUGA